UUAAGACCUUUGGACUAUGUUUUGAUAAGGCAGCAAAACACUUGAUUGCCUGGUUCUUAAACUCGUCUCGGGCCUCUUCCAUCAUGAAAAAAUACAGCUAUGACAUGGUUCCACAAUAGACAGUCUGAGAUUAAGUUACUGCUAUUGCUUCUAGUCAUCUAACUACUUGUCACCUGCCCAAAGAGAUGGUCACUACCAAUUUUCUUCCCUUAAUCACUUCUAAGGGAGAUGAGCCCUUGGGGAUUUGGUCCAGAGAAGAUGACUUUAAGUGAGGGCCCAAGGAAAAUUUAUCUAACAACUUCUUUGAUUAUGUGAAAAUUAAAUGUUUCCCCUAUGGGGAGUGGGAGAGAAGAGGAAUAGAGUUUGGAAGCAAAACACUUCAAAAUCAUUCCUCUUUUGUGAUGAAAAGGGAUUUUUCACUAAAUGAUGUUGCAUAUCCACAGAGCUUUUAUUUCCAUCAAUAUUUCUUAAAAAAAUUUACUGUUUUGCUACAGAGGGAGGAAGCACUUUUUCUCUGACCUACACCCAACUGGUUUUAUUAUCCUGGUGGGAGUUGGGGAGAAAGGAAGUGGAUUAUAUUGGAAAAUGAUCAAAGUGUAAAAAAAAAAAAGGCAUCAAAAACUUUAGAUAAUAAAUUUUGAGGGGGCGAGGGUGGAUAACUUGUUCAAGAAACUGAUCUGGAACUGAGGCUACUAUUGCAUUAUAAUCUCUUUCCUUCACAGCUACAGAAGAAGGAUUGGACAAAUGAUGAGGGCUGAGGUCAUUUGGGGCAGUUGUAACCUUGUCAAAAUCCUUUCUGUCUUUGGGACUUUAAAAUAAAGACUUAUCAGGAAAAUCAAAGUGCUUUAAGAGAUAUCAAGAAAGUGUACAUUUCACCUCCACCGUCUUCAAAGGAGAAGCCUCUGUACUCUUGUGUAUGGUGGCAAUUUAGGUUGGGCUUUUUCCCUAUGAAGCCUUGAAGUGAGGGAAUGAGAGCGAUUGCCUUUCAGUCAUACAUCAUUGGGAGUAUUUAGAUAUUCUAUAACUGGCCCAAUUUUCAUGGAUGGAAUGGAUCAAUUUCCAAAUUAUCCCAUGCCUCACUAAUGCCUUUCUUGUGUACAAUCACCUACCAAGGCAUAUAGGUUUGCUGUUUGUUUAUCCACAAUUAGAUUAUUUUCCUCUUGGAUUAGGUUAUCUGUUCCCCUCCAUAUCGUUGAGUUGAUGAGAUAAUUGAUAUUCUUAAAACCUUUUUCAUUUUUAAUCUACCCUUCAUCCUUACAUACAAGACAUAACAUCAGAUAUUUAUUAUGCCUUUAACAUUGGGAAGAAACUGCGUUUCAUUGAGAUAAAGUAAAUUUCUAAGUGUAAAAUAAGAACAGUAAGAAUAGGGAGUUAAGCGUCACGCCCUGCCUGGGGCCCUACCCUGCAAUGAGUAACUUGCUGGCUCCGCCCCGAGUUGGUCCGGCCUUACUGUUGUUGCCCGGGGCAGCACGUGGUUGGGACCCAACCCACGCUGGUAUCCGGACUCAAUGUCCUUCCCGCCACCAGCUCGCCCUGUCCACCUCCACUAGCUGCCCCAUUCCCGGGGGACGGGACCGGCUGCCCGACUGCUACAGCACCACGCCCGGGGGCACGCUGUACGCCACUACCUCAGGAGGAACUAGAAUCAUCUACGAUCGAAAAUUCCUGCUGGAAUGUAAGAACUCGCCCAUUGCCCUGACACCACCUUGCUACUUCCCCCAGAUCCCUGGGGUCACUGUCUCACCACAGGCCCCACUGGCCAAAAUAAAGGAAUUAAAGGAGAAAAAGAAACUGAAGAGAUCCCAGGUAAGGAGGCUUGACAAGGAAUGUUAAAAGUCUCAUCCACUGGCAAGUUACAGUUGCAGAUGGAAAGAAUUAAGCUUUUAUUAAAAGAUCCCUUUGUGUUCACCCUGGACUACACUCUUGCCUUGGCUUUCUGGCUUAAAUGGUAGGGUUCAGGAGGAAAUAGAAAAACUGUUUAUACGGUAUUAAGAAGGAACCUUAGGGGCAGCUAGGUGGCGCAGUAGAUAGAACACCGGCCCUGAAGUCAGGAGGACCCGAGUUCAAAUGUGACCU